AUGGACCGGUUUACGGAGCUCACGAGCUUCUCGGAUGCUGCUCCGCAGCACAAAGCGCCGCAUCCAUCACCUCUGAGUACGGCUGCCGCGAAAGUGGAAGUGGAUGAUCGCGUGGAAGAAGCGUGUAGAAGCUUCGAGAAGUAUGUGGUGGAGAUGAUCGUUGAUGAGAGGAAAGUGAGAGAUUUGGGUGACGUGGAGGAGUUGCUCCAUUGGUGGAAGGAGCUUAGGUCGCCGGUUUUCCUUGAUUUGGUGUGCCGCUUUUAUAGGGAACUUUGCACGGAUUUAUUUUCCAAUAAUCAUUUGGAAACCUAG